AUGUCGCACUAUCAGAUCCAAGUUUUGCCGAUCAGCUACAACUCAGGAGAGCUACUCGCCAGGUACAUGAAAGAAGUCCUUGGGAAUGAUGAUUUCGAGAUAGAGGGGUUUCUCUACAAUCAGUGGAGGGUUAAGGUGCCGAACCGACUCUCCGAGAGCGACGUUCAAGACUUGAAGACCAAGAUGCGUAAACAUUAUGCAACAACAUAG